GCACAGGGCAAAGGGGUCACGCAACCCGGCUUUGGUUUCUGAAGGGAACGCAUCGCGCCGCGUGCUCGUGUCGAGUCGUGCAACGAUACAACGCGCCGAGCGGGGGAGGGCUCCCCAGUGCAUCCUCCGUGCACGAGACUCUGGUGAGAAACAGACCUGCAAUUGGAUCCCGCGCAAGUCAGUCCCACAUGUGGGUGGGCGGUGUGUUCAGAGCCGCACACCCAGUAAAGUAAAGUUUGUGCAACAAAAGCUCGCGGGGAAGCGGCACACGAGAGCGAACGCGUAAGCCAGCAGCACCUCGACCCGCGCGCGCUAGGAGAGACAACGUCCCGCGUUUCGGAGCCCGUUCGGAUCGGUUUCGCUCGAGCCGCGAUGAUGUCAUACUUGUGGAUUUUCGUCCUCGGGAGUUUGGUCGUGACUGGAGUGAAGAUGCAAGACGACGGAGUAGACGAUACAGAGAAAGCAGAUGACCUUGCGCCGGGGGAAUCAACCGUUCCCGAUGAAGCUGCAGAUGCUGAAGAACCUGCACCAGAAGAAACACCUGAAGAACCUGCACCAGAAGAAACACCUGAAGAACCAGCACCAGAGGAACCUGCACCGGAGGAACCUGCACCGGAGGAACCAGCACCGGAGGAACCAGCACCAGAGGAACCAGCACUGGAGGAGGCAGCAGAUCCUGAAGCCGAAGACACGAACACAGACACGGCGGCCGAAGAGGACGGCGUCCCAGCAGCAGCUGAAGAGGAAGCUGCCGGAGAAGAAACAGAAGAAGAAGCUCCAGCAGAAACAGACGAAGCAGAGGAAACUAAAGCAGAAGCCGAUGAAUCUGCCGGAGAUCCUGAAGUUCCUGAAGAAGAAAUCACGGCUGAAGAAGCUCCAGGAGACGCAGAAGAAGAACUGGCACAAGACCAGACGGAAGGAGGUGAAGAAAAUACAGAAAAUGAAGCAGACGCAGAUGAAACAGUGAAAAAUUCUGUCCUAGAGCUGAGCCCUGUCCCGGAGGAACCGGUGGACUCGGACAAAGCAGUGAAAGUUCAUUCUGUAGGGUUUGAUCUUUCUGACGCUUUAAAUGAAGAUUUAGGAAACAGAGAACAGCCAGAGGAUCCAGUGAAGAGUGCAGUGGGAGGAGCAGACCGCCACAGCGCAGGUCAAGGCAAAGCUCGCAGCGCUGGAGCCGUUUCCGAGCCCAACGACAGCGGGUCUGGUACAGUUGUUGGUGUUGUUUGUGGCAUCGCAGUAGCAGCUGUUGGAGCCAUAACUGGAUACUUCACCUAUCAGAAGAAAAAACUAUGCUUCAAGGUCCAGCAAGGAGACCCGGAGAGCGCCAAAGAAGAGAACGGCACACAAAGCGACCCACAGGUUUUAAGCACUCUCCUGAACUCCUCCUAACUCCAGCAGUGAAGAUUCCCGUGAAGCUACUGUUGACCUGCUUUACGUGGGAACAUCUGAGUCAUCUUCACAAACAGAGCAGAACAUCAGCACAAAUAUCAUUUCUACACUCAUCUCGAGUUUCAUAAUAUCGCAUCUUCCUUCUGCUUCGACUUCAGUUCUGAACUAGCACUAGGACUGUUAAUAAUAUUUUGAAUGUAUUUUCAAGAUAGUUUGAGUGGGCCGGGAUGUGUGUGUGUGUGUGUGUGUGUGUGUGUGUGUGUGUGUGUGCAUGCAUGUGUACUUCGACAGCCUUUAGGGAGAGGCAUUUCAUUUCGUUACUUUAAAAAGUGUCGUUUAGUUUCAUUACUGUGUCAUUAAUCGCACAGUUUUGUUUGAUUCUUUUAAAAAAAAGCAAAUCUCACACCGUGGAAUGAUUCACUUUGAAAUUGUGUUGUCUGACAAAAUUUGAAUUCAUAGGAUGUUUCUUUUGAUUUUGUUUUUGUUUUUUAAAUCCUGUGAAUACUUAUUGAGUUUGAAUAAAAGGGUGGUAACGUUAAAA